AUGUUUCUAUGCUAUAGUGUUAUAAGUUUCGUGUUCGCAAUAAUUGUAAUAGUUGAAGAAGAAGUUAGAACUAAACCCCGAAUAAGAGCAGGAAUAUAUGAUUUAAAAGAAAAUGAGGAAAUUAAAGAAAAUGAGAUGGGAAUUGAAAUUAAUCAAUUAGAAGAAAAUAAGGAAAUUGAAGCUACUAAUCUCGAAAAAAAAUCCAAGGAAGAUAACAGCAAUAGUGGAUUAGCAUUAGAGGCUACUGUAGUAAGUUUGGACGUUUUGGAAGGAUAUGAAGAUGACACUCAAGUUCCACCAGAAGUAGAAGCAGCAAAUUAUCAUGAGAACGACGAAUAA